AUGAGCGUCAGCGCUGACUCGGAGCCCGUGUCCUGCACCGUGAAGCCCCCGGUGUUUCUGCAGCUCGGAGACGCCAAAACCGACACAGUGAAGUCCGGAGUCUGCAUCGUGGACGUUACUCUUCCCUUUGGAAAAUCUGUAAAUAUUGAGGAGAUCAGCUUUAAGAACUUCUACACCGCCUACGUGACGGUGCGUCUGUUGAGAAAGAUCCCGGGACAGGAGGCUGCGGCGAAGUGGACCACGGCUCUGAGGGACCUGGCUCUGAUGGAAAACCCCCACACAGAAGGAGGGUCUCAGGACUACAGCUCCAUCCACAGGGCGCAGAUGCAGGUUGUGCCUGAUCAUGUGAUGUCUGUGAGAUUCAUCCUGAGGCAGCCGUCCUCCGCCUGGAUGAACUUUAACCUCCAAGAAAUCAAAAUAUUCCGCCAUUUGGAGCCAGAUCCAGAGAAGGAAGUUUCUGACCUGCUGUCGGACUUGACCCUGGUGAACUUUCGCCCGGAUUUAGAGGGCCUCCCAGAUCCGUCGACUGUGUCCUCGAGUAUUCAGCAGAUGUGGGCUCUCACAGAGGUGAUGCAAACGAACCAGACGACGGCUUCGAUUGGACGAUUUGACGUCGAUGGAUGUUAUGACGUUAACCUUCUGUCAGUGCCAUGAAAUAAAUGAAGUUUAUUUAAAUUAUCCAGGAGCUCGUUAGAUUUUCCUUAAACACUGGACUUAAAAAUGUGUCGUAGAUAAAACUUUAUUCAUUCACUCUGAAGUUCAAUUAAAUAUUUGCUUAAAUGACAUGAGUAAAUAUACUUUUAUAAUCUUGCAACAUGUGAAUGCAAUUUAGUUUUUAUGAUUAAAUGUUCUGAUAAUGAAGCAGUAACUAUGACGUACUUUUCAUAUUGGUUUAUUUAUGUAUUUAUAUUAUAUUAAUUAUUCUAUGUAACGUCUUAAAUCGGUGAUAAACUGAAACAUGAAUGUACAUCUGAAUAAAUC